CAUUCUUUUGUUGGCUUGUGCCAUCAGUCUAGUCUCGAGCUCAUCGUCUUAUCUUGUCUUUUACUCAAAAACGAAAAAGAAAAAAAGAAAAAGCAGCAUAUAUAUAUAAUAUAGAGUUGUAGACCAACAAGAUCAUAACAAAACCUCCUGACUACUUCCUUACCUUCCUCAAACAUCAAUACAAUGCAGAUAAAAAGCGAGGAAAAUAGCAGCAAAAGGAGAACCAUAGAGUACGCAUUGGAACAUACUGAAAGAGGCAAGAUUGUCAAGAGAAGACGGAGACAGCCACCGGCAACUGUUUGUGUUAAUGGUAACGGAGAGAAAUCGGAGCAGUCGGCUGCAAGGAGCACUGUUAAGAGGAGUUCUAAGUUUCGAGGGGUUAGCAAACACCGAUGGACUGGGCGGUUUGAAGCUCAUCUAUGGGACAAAGGAUCUUGGAAUGCAACACUGAAAAAGAAGGGAAAACAGGUUUACCUUGGUGCAUAUGAUGAAGAAGAAUCAGCUGCUAGAUCUUAUGAUCUUGCUGCACUCAAAUAUUGGGGACCUAGCACUUUCACAAAUUUCCCUAUAUCUGAUUAUGAGCGCGAGUUUCAAGCAAUGCUGAAUGUCACCAAAGAAGAGUACCUAGCCUCACUUAGGAGGAAAAGCAGUGGUUUCUCAAGAGGUGUCUCCAAGUAUAGAGGAGUUGCAAGGCAUCAUCACAAUGGAAGAUGGGAAGCAAGAAUUGGGAGGGUUUUUGGUAACAAAUACCUCUAUCUUGGUACUUUCAGUACACAAGAAGAGGCUGCCCAUGCCUAUGACAUUGCAGCAAUAGAGUAUCGAGGAAUCAAUGCUGUAACAAACUUUGAUUUAAGAACCUACAUCAAAUGGCUAAGGCCAGAGAGUUACUCAAAUGACGUAAACAUUCAUCGAGAUACGAUAUCGAACAAAUGCCAAUUGCAGGACAUCCAGCUUCCUAACAAUCCAUUUUUAACUUGCAACACUGAACCAAUCCCACAAUACAAUCUUUUUACUGGAGAUGAGUUUUUGCCGAGGCAAAUUUCGAGCAGCAAGACCUCUGUGACUGCGCUCGGAUUAUUGCUGAAGUCUUCAAUUUUCAGGCAGCUAAUGGAGAAGAACGGUAGCAUCAUCAGUGAAGAGAUCAGCAGAGAUGAUGACAAGGAUCAAGUUGAUGGAUUGCGUGAUCAAAGUUUUUUAGAUGGGGGUGAGGAUUUGCAACACUUUUAUGCACAAAAUGAAGACAGCAGACUCUAUGUACGUUAUUGA